GGAAGGAGGGAUCAGUACCGCGGACAGCUCCCCACGGAGCCCUUAUUAGCCCUGAAUCUGCGAAGCAGCGAGCACCACUUCGCUCCCCCAUCUCCGCUUUCUUCCCGGGACGAAAAAAAAUAAAAAAUAAAAAGAUUGCGCGGUAGGAAAUACGCCCAGAUCCAGACUGCUGCAUACAUCAUCUAGACGACGCGCAUCAAGCUUCCAAGUCGGUACUGCAAAGCAUAGAAUCUCUUUUUAUUGGAUCUCCAACCGUGGCCUUGUGGACUGUGGAUAUCCCCUGGCUGCUAAAGAGCAGAGAAAAGUUUCAGCGGGUAGGGGGACGAGGAGAGCAUUCCUUGUCUCCCCGCCCCAGAGAAGGCGAAUGUCUGGUUUUAGUAGCUGAACUGGUAGGAAUGAUGACGGAGAGAGGAUGUGCACCAGCAGCCAGAUCAUCGGGAGCCUCCUGCUGUUAUCCAUGCUGGAGAUAGGGCUGGGAGUCUCUAGCGUGGCCGUGGGGGCAGUCAGCUUCAGCUUCGUUUUUGCAGGUUCUGAGCGUUCAACUCAGCUGGGAGACUCUUCUCCGGUAUGGAGCGGGGUGUGUUUUUUGCUUUGUGGAGUAUGCGGAAUAUUCUGUGCCAAAAAAAAGUCAGGACUUAUUAUGAUACUUUUCUCUGCUUGCUGUAUCUGUGGGUUAAUUGGAGGAAUAUUAAACUUCCAGUUUCUUCGAGCUCUAACAAAGAAAUCCUCAGCUCUCUAUCCACUGUACCUUACCUCUAUGUCUCUAGCAUGCAUUGGAAUUGGUGGUUGUACCCUUUCUUCAUGGCUAACUUGCCGACUAGCCAGCUAUGAACAAAGAAGAAUGUUUUCAGAAAGAGAACAUUCAUUGCAUCACUCUCAUGAAAUGGCUGAAAAAAGAUUAAGGGGUAUUGAAAUAAUCGACCUGCCCAGCUGUCCAGUGAUACCCCCAACACCAGAAUUACCUCCAAGCAGACAGGUGUCUAUAUCACCACACCCUCACCUCAAUCAACAUUAUCUGGCACCUUAUCUGGAAAUCCCAGCUGAGUCCAAGGAAGUGACAGAUAACAUGUGUAAUGGAGGACCACAUCUAAUUUAUAAUGGAAGAGCAUACUGAAAUAUUUACAAUGUUUAAAGAACAACUAUGUUUAGGAUUUUCUUGAAGAAGAAAACUCAGAAGCCAACAGCUUAGAGACAAGGUCCUAAAACAUUAUGGCUCUAACUUGCAAUAAUUUCGCAACUUCAAAACAACAACAGCACAGUCACAUUUUCUUUCAGAGAUUUGCUUUGAUUCCCAUUAACUGAAGUUAUAUAAUUGCACAUUACUAUUUGUAAUGUUGGAAGAUAACUAUUUGUAAAAUUGGAAGAUAUUUGGAAGAUAAGUAUUAUCACAUUUGAUUUUUUUUCCUGAGUAAUUUUUAAUGGCUGUGAUAAUAUAUGAAACUUACUUUUCAGAUUUUACUGAUUUUUUUUAGGAAUUACUUUUUGAUUUGAUUUCACCACUAUAAAAAAAAAGAGGGUUUAAAUAUUGGAUUGCAAGCUAACAGGAAAAGAAUUUGGACAUGAAAAUGUUGUCUUUCCUAUGCAGAGUGUAAUGAAUGAAUUAUGAGAAUGCUAUUCUCCGCACCACUGUCUGUGUUUUGAAAAGUUUUGGGAAGUUUUAAGGAUACUAUGAGGUCAAACAAUAUUUUGCUGUAAAAAAUGUACAUUUUUCCAAUUUAUGGUAUAUUUCCUAAUUUGUUCAUAAAAGAUGUGAAAUAAAAUGAAACAUAGGAAUGGGAUUAUUUUUUUAAUCAUCCUAACAAUUUUUACAAUGAUCUACAAAUCCAAGUGAGAUACAAGGGAGCGUUAUAAUUCUCCACCAAAUUUAAGGCAAGUGUUCAGAAAACGUUCAGACCUUCUUUAUUUAACUACAGCUCAUAUAAUAUAUUCUUGUUGUUUUACCACAUUUGCAUCUUUUAGCAGAUGAAAGUUUGUUAUCAAUAUUAUGCAUUAGAAAUAAACAUAACAAUCUGUUAUUAUAUAAUAUUAAUAAUACUAAUACCCCAUUUCCCCAGAAAUAAGAUCUCCCUGCAUAAUAAGCCCAAU